GGCGCACGCAGCCGCAUGGCCGGCGACGGCGAGGGGGCCGGCGACGGCGAGGGGGCCGCCGCCUUUGCGGCGGCGAAGGCGGAGUGGCUCGGCGGGUCUGGUGGCCUGCCGCUGCUGCGGUGGUGGCGCGCGUCGGGCGGCGGCGAGCUGCUGCGGGGCUGGGACGCGGUGCGCGCCGGGGCCGUGGCGCCGGCGCUCGCGGCGGUGUCGGGCGCGUGCCUCGCCAUGUCGGCCAUGCUGCUCGCCGAGGCCGUGUUCAUGGCCGCCGCCAGCCUCGUGCGGCGCCGCCCCGAGCGGCGGUACAGCGCGGGCCCGCUCGGCGCCCAGGACGGCGAGGACGAGGAGCGCGGCCUCCUCGGCUACCCCAUGGUGCUCGUCCAAAUCCCCAUGUACAACGAGAGAGAGGUGUACAAGCUUUCGAUUGGAGCAGCGUGCGGGCUGUCGUGGCCGUCGGAUAGGGUCAUCGUACAGGUUCUGGACGAUUCCACGGAUCCAACGAUCAAGGAUCUGGUGGAGCUGGAAUGCAAAAUUUGGGCUAAGAAAGGCAAGAACGUAAAAUACGAGGUCAGAAACAAUCGAGAAGGAUACAAGGCUGGUGCACUGAAAGAGGGGAUGCUGCAUGCUUAUGUCCAACAGUGUGAUUUCCUCGCUGUAUUUGAUGCCGAUUUCCAACCGGAACCCGACUUCCUCAUGAGAACCAUCCCAUAUCUCGCACGUAAUCCACAAAUUGCUCUUGUUCAAGCACGCUGGGAGUUCGUUAAUCCCAAUGAAUGCCUGAUGACAAGGAUACAAAAGAUGACACUAGAUUAUCACUUUAAAGUAGAGCAGGAGGCAGGUUCAUCCACAUUUGCCUUCUUUGGUUUUAAUGGAACUGCUGGGGUAUGGAGAAUUUCUGCCAUCAAGGAAGCUGGGGGCUGGGAUGAUCGAACCACAGUUGAAGACAUGGAUUUGGCAGUCAGAGCAGGCUUGAAAGGAUGGAAAUUUGUCUAUGUUGGCGAUGUCAAGGUAAAAAGUGAACUGCCAAGCAAUCUGAAGGCAUAUCGCCGUCAACAGCACCGUUGGACAUGUGGGGCAGCAAAUUUAUUCCGAAAGAUGGGAGCAGAGAUAUUGCUUACUAAGGAGGUGUCACUUUGGUGGAAGCUUUAUUUGCUAUACAGCUUCUUCUUGGUGAGGAAGGUUGUUGCUCAUGUGCUACCUUUCGUGCUCUACUGUGUAGUGAUCCCAUUUUCGGUGCUAAUUCCUGAGAUCAAAAUUCCUGCUUGGGGGGUGGUUUAUAUUCCAACAGCAAUAACCAUUCUAUACGCCGUCCGAAAUCCAAGUUCUAUCCACUUCAUACCAUUCUGGAUCCUCUUUGAGAAUGUCAUGUCUUUUCACCGAACAAAGGCAACGUUCAUCGGUUUGCUGGAGUUGGGAAGCGUAAACGAGUGGGUGGUCACGGAGAAGCUUGGCAGUGUAAGCAAUACAAAGCCAGUGCCUCAGAUACUUGAAAGGCCUCGCUGCAGGUUUUGGGACAGGUUUCUACUAUAAGGCAGAUAAUGUGGAAUCCACCAAAAGUACUGGGGGAAGCACCCAGGUCUAUCCCCAGCACCAAUAGUUCAUGUUGUCCUUUGUGGCAAUGGCAUUGUGCCAUAUAAGGCACAACCAAAAUUUAACUUUCAAGGGCAGUUUUGUUUUCCAGAGAUGUCUAAAUGAUCUAUCAGGACCAGCAUCAGAAAGGUAUAUACAUUGGCUCAUGCAACUGUCUGCUUUGUUUAUUAUUCAGCCAUCUUCUAAAUGUCAUAUUCCAACCAGUGUUAGCCAUUUGCUUAACUGUCUUCUUCUGUUCAUUCGAACAGAUCAGGAAAGGUAGAUAGAAGAGGCUUGUCACUGCACCAUUUGUGUCCCCAAAAGUCAGUUUGUUUUCCAUUGCCAACCAUCAUCUUUUUCCCUUUGAGAUACAAGUCUUUGAUUUUGAUCGGAUCAGCCCAACAUGGUGAAUAAUUCACUGUGCUAUGAAGUUGAUAUAUCCCUCCAUCAAUCUUAUAUUUUUUUCUCGCUAUCUUCUGCACAUCCCUUCUCUGGAUUUAAGAUUCCACCACCACUUACAUAGUAAGCUGACAUUAAAUCUUUCCAAAUUAUGAAUACCCCAGCCCAUCUUUCUUCUUGGGUGUGCACACCACUGGCCACCUAACCAUAUGAUAUUUUCUUUUUUUUUUACUGGAUCCCUGCCUUUCUGAAAUUCUGAUAUGAUCAAUGUUAUCAUUGCUCUUGCAGAUGGACAGUGUCAGAACUUCUGUUUGCUGUGUUCCUUUUCGUUUGUGCGACCUACAACUUGGUGUAUGGAAGCGACUUCUAUUUCAUCUAUAUAUAUCUGCAGGCUAUAACAUUUAUCAUUGUGGGCACUGGUUUCUGCGGAACCUCUAACUCAUAGCAGCCAUAACAACUGAUCCAACCACGGGAACUAUAUCUUCACUGUAGGCAUGAUGUAACAACCUUUUUUUCUAGGGAAUAUUUUCUAUGUAAUAACCUCAUCCCUUUUGCCGUGAAUAGCAUCAGGCGAAGCGCAGCUGCCUUCUAGAAACAGGCUGGUGGAAAUCUAAAACGUCAUUUCCAUGUAACAACUUUCCACUGUUAUUGUACUUUUGCUCUCUUUUUUUGCAGGGUACUUUUGCUCUUACAUUUACCGGGAUUGUGCUAUCAGCACAAUUUGGGAAUACAAUCACAUUGUACCACUAAACAGGUUAUUGGACAGAACAACAUUUUUCGGGUAACAUCGGUUUGGAAUAUGAUUGUUGUGCC